UAGAGAAAGUUCCGGAAGGUUCCAGUCAAUUGUCUGAUAGACUAGAAAGUGUCCGUUGGUCCAGAGGCCCAAGUUUGUAGAAACUGGAAAGAAAUUGAUAUAUCUUUCCAGUAGUCUUCCAUUAAUGAUCAUCAGAGCACCUUCCUUACUCUUAUGGAACUUUUCAACUGAAUCCAGUUAUUGUUGAAAAAAAUCUGGAAGCUUCUUUUACUUUGUUCCUUUGUGUGUCAAACACCUCAUGUUUGGGUCAGAUUCCUUCAUCUUCAAUGAUCCGUCUGACAGAAAGGCCAAACUCUGCACCACAGAAGCGAAAGCGGUGAGGACCUUUGGGCAGGAAAAGAGAUGGAACUUAAAACAUCCACCAGCAUUUCCACAUUUCAAAAAAUCCCAGAAUCAUAUCCGAGGAGAAAGAAAACAGAAUACAAAGAAGAAGGUGUCAGCCAACCAGACCUGGGUUGAGAAAGAUCAAUCCUUCAAUCCCGGUGAACCUCUCAAAAGUACAAAGCAGGAGACAGUUGAGACAGCAAAGCAUGAAAGUAGUGGUGACAGUGUACAAGACAGCAUUGUGCAAUCAAAGGACCCACCACCACAGGAGCUUCAGUUACCCAGAAUUGCUCAGCCUCAGCAAGUUCCUAGUCAAGCUCCUUCUGCAGACAUGCUACAAAGUUGGCUGAUGACACCCCAGUUAAACAGCAUCCUAGCCCAAAGGAAGCAUGAGAGUAUUUUCAAACACGAUCUGGAAGAAGGGUUCCUGAAACGAAUAGCAAGACGAAAAGUCCGCCGGCAUGUCUUUGGAGAAAUUAACACCAAGAAAGUUUAUCAGUUUGGAACAGCUUGUACACCUUUUCAUGCACUGACUACAACUGAAAUGGAAACUCUAACCUUCCCCAGCAAUCUGCCCAUGACACCACGGAUGAUGAACAGGGGCAUAGUUUGCACCAAUGAGUCAGAGCUGAAAACGAUUCAGCUGACUUUCCCAGAACUGGAUGAAGAAUCUGCAAAAAAGUCUUACCCCGGUGAUAGAAAGAAACCAUUUGGUCCAACCAAAAAGUCCACCUUGCCUCUGUUAGUUAAGAUGUCAAGAUCCCGGUUCUCUGAAAAUAAGAAGAUCUCCGGUUGCCAUCUUCCGAGGGUCCCCACUGUCCCUGCAUCAAUAUCGCUCAAGUGGGGAAAAUUCUAAAAAUUGUUAAAAAGCUCAAUUAAUUUAACCCAAAUAGGUCUGGUUUGGGGAUGGUCCAGGAACUUUUAGACAUUCUGGAGCUGAGAACUGCACAGAUAUGUCAGUGAUCCAGAGAAGAAUGCUGCUGCUCUACAUUGAAUCUCCAAUGCAAAACAAUAAUUGAAACAACUGCUAUGGCCCCUCUGGUGGGCUAAGCAGAAGCCAAUUUAAUCACUUGCAUGUACCAUCAGAAUAAAGCCAGAUGUUUUAUUAGGAAUGAUAAAUUCAUCUGCUGAAUUGACAUUUGC